AUGGGCCCCAAAGCACGGCGGCAAGCUGCCCCGUCAUCGUGGACCGACGGCGAUCCAUUUACCUACUUCACCGAUGAGCCGGCCGCCGCCAGUUCUGCCUUUCGGUCACUAGAUUGGCCUCCGUCUCAGGAGACCAACUUUUCUCCUCACCACGUCGUGAACCCCGCCGCGGCAUCGAGUUUUUUUAGUGAAUUUCCUUUCGAGUCCAGACCGGGACCACAUUGGACGGGAUACACUGGCAGUCACACAGGCCCGUUUGGUGGGCACGGCCCGUGGAUGACGGGGAGCCAUACGGGAGAGCCUUUCUCAGGAGCAACAGCUAUAAACCCAUCGUUUACUACGUCUCCCACCAUCACCAAUGCUGCUGUCGUUGCCGCUUCGGGCCAAUCGAGCUCUUCGCCGACUGCUCUUCUCGUCACCAAUCCUGACGAUUCAACAAGUCAUCAAUUGAGUACCGGCCAGCUAAUCGCAGCUAUUGUGUUUCCAAUCUUGAUCCUCGUUGCGCUUAGUUUUGUUUGCUUCUUUAUCUUCCUCGUCCGAAAGAAGAAGAAGCAAGCGGCGGCCGCGCAGCAGCAGGAAAGGGGAGACUUGCUAGGUCCAAACAGUCGCGCCGCAGUACAUGCUGGGCCCGAAAUGUUGCCUGCGUAUUAUCAACAAUCUGCUGCUCCAUUUGGCGCCAUGCCGCAACGACAUGCCAGCAUCUCGUCAGGAUACUACACAGGUAUCGACACUGCGGCCCUCGCAGCGAAUGCUCAACCCUUGCCCCAUGGUCUUGAAGAGCCCCCGCCACCACCAUAUCGACCAAGAUCACUUGCACGAGAGCAAAGAGAGUCCGGGGAUCUCUUGCGUGAGACGCCGUCAAGUGGAAAUGGAAAUGGAACCGCAACUCAAGGCGAGCAGCAACACGCUGGAACUGGAACUGGAACAGGAACAGGAAAUGAGCCACGGCGCGAUGAUUGGGAUGCAGUGUCUGAUAUAUCUGAUACGCACUUGCACGAUGGCGAAAACCCGUUCCGAAGCGCAGACGACGCUGUUUCGGUGGUAUCGGAUAUUUCUCUAGAGGGUGGAAGGGAAUCAUCAACCCAUCAUGUUGUUUGA